CAUCGAUUUAAACUGCAAAGAACGCAGUUUGACAUUAAUGUAGAUGGCGUGACUAGCUCUGAGCGGAGUUCGUCGUUUCCUCUCCCCUCGUUCCUUUUGUGACAUUUCAGGAAACGUCCAUCGUGUUUCCUUGUUAAAAUUAUUUAAUAAAAUCACAUUAGGGCAUGGUCGGUAAAGUUUUUCACGCAAAAAACCGUAAAAUAAAAUCAUCAAUCGUGGUUAACUUUUUACGGGCCAAGUGCAACUAAACUAUCAAGAUUCCGCCGAUAAUUCAAAGCCUACCCAGUGGGUGGCUUAUCUUGGUGUGAAUUUUACAUAAGAAAUGAAAAAGAAUCAAGACUCAUUCUUCUUGCCAAAGAAGACAGAUAAAAAUGAUAAGCAAAAUAAGAAAAAUAAAAAAUUUGAUGAUAAACGUAAAGAACAAUUUAAUAAGAGUAGGGGAGUAGAAGAAAAAUCUGAAAACACAGAUAAGAAACCUUUUGAUAAAAAGACUUAUCGAUUGAAAAAGUACAGUAAGAAGUACAAAUUAGAACAAUGGGAAGAGCAACGAAAGAAGAAGCUGUUACGUGACUACUACAAAGAAGUGAAGAAUGAUCCGGUAGUAGGGUCAUAUAAACCCAAAAAUUUUGAUGAAGAUGCAACAGAUUCAGUUGAGGUUGGCAGAUUUGUGAAACAUCCCGAUCUAUUAGAAAAAGAAAACCAAAUUCGGCAUGCUAAAAAGGAUCCAUUUCAUAAAGCAAAAGAGCAUUACAAGAAAAUAAAAGAAGAGAAAUUGCAAAAACAGCAAGAAAUCGAGAAAGCUAAAGAGGAGAAGCAAAAGAAGCUGCAGGAAUACAAGAAGAAGAAGCAAGAAAGAUUUAAAAAGCUUAGCAAGAAAACUAAGAAGGGACAGCCUGUGAUGACAGGAAGACUAGAGUUGCUUUUGGAAAAGAUUCAGAAUAAUUCCAAUUAAUAAAAAAACAGGAUGCUGUGCAUCAAUGAGAUGCUAUUUUUAUUGUCUUUGAUUUUUCAAUUGAUAAACAAAAUCUGUUUUUAACCAGCUUUAAUCAUAGGCACAAGUAAUUUUAUGAUAAAAAAUAGCUGAAUUGCAGGCACAAGUUAUAUAAAAUGCCAGUAAAACAUCCCAU